AUGACAGACCCAUUGAAGUCCUUUGACGACUCGGGCCGGCCGAAGCCGGCCGACAUCUCCAGGAAAGUCUACGCGAUUGCCGGCAUUUCAGUAACUGUCUUUGGACUGGAAGAGCUCCGUUCAGAGGCAUCCGAAGUAGCAUGUCUAUGGCUACUUCACCCUAGACUGGCUACCCAGGAACGGAUGACUGGUAUCGCCAACUCAACCAUCACCGAUUGGAACACAAGAAACGAAGAUACGCCUUCGGCUAAGGGCCUAAUUGCUGUUUCUUUUGACCAGCGAAACCACGGAACGCGUAUGGUUGAUCCUCUUGCCAAUGAGGCAUGGAGACAAGGCAAUCCUCGCCAUGCGCAGGAUAUGUUCUCUAUUUUCCAGGGCACUGCUAAAGAUACAUCGCUGCUGAUGGACUACCUCGCAGCUUACACUUUCCCCAGUGGGGAGCACAAGAUCACCGAGAACCUAGUUCUAGGUGUUUCAUUGGGCGGGCACGCAGCGUGGAGCUGUCUGUUGCACGAGCCUCGCGUCAGUGCCGGUGUGGUUAUCAUUGGAUGCCCGGACUAUAUCAACCUCAUGGCAGACCGCGCACGACUGUCGAAGCUUCCUUCAUGGACAGAGAGCAACCCUCCAGGUGCAAAAGUUCUUGGCUCGGAGGCUCUGCCAACAUCAUUCCUUGAUACCGUCAAGCAAUACGACCCUGCCAGCAUGAUGUUGAAGCAUGUGGAUUGCGGACCCUCGACUGGGCCUUUGCGCGAAGGAACUUUACCUCAGCCGUCUGAAAGCGAGCAGCAGGUACUCCGACCACUCUUGACUAAGUGCUUGGCUAGAAAGCGCAUAUUGAACCUGUCUGGUGGCGUGGACAAGCUUGUGCCGUAUCACCGUGGAGAGCAGUUCCUUAAAUGGCUCAAGCAGGGUAUCUCGUCCGAUGGGUGGUUUGGUGACGGUGCUGUUUCAUUCGAAGAUAUCAUUGACCAGACGGCGGGUCAUGAGGUGACUGGAAAGAUGGUCGAUGAGGCUGUUCGGUUUAUCAGUAAGACACUGGCAGGUUCGGAUAAGGCUGGCCGGCGAGGUUCGGUGCGAGAUUCGAAGAUCUAA